AUGAGAACCUUUCUUAUCUUCCUCACAUUAUCAUGGAUUGCGGCCAUUGGAACCGCAAUAAACAGCGUUCCUACCGGUUCUCGCCAAGCUGAGUUGUUGAAGAAGCCCUCUGUUUCAGCAUUUCAACAAGAUCGUUUCUAUCAGUUCAGAGGAGGACAAGAUGUCGGCACCGAGGAAGCAGCUUUGGCAGACGAUAUUGAGGCAGCAAUCGAGGCAAUUAAAGAGCCUUCUGCAGUGAGCAAAAAGCUAUCGAACUUGAAGGAGAGAACUUUGCCGGCCAUUCUGAUGCUUGGAGUUGUUGGAGGACUAACCUUCUAUUUCGAGGAGCAAGGCUUGGUUAUUUUGACCUUGUUACUCCAAAUUGGAAUGUACCAUGAAAUGACAACUGUGAUGGGUGGAAAGUUGCAAUCGUUUAUGAAGUGGUGGUGGUUCCUUUCCUCAGCCGUUGGCGUGAAUGGACCUCGCCUAUUCCCUCACGAGUCGAAAAUGAUUGGUGCAGCAUCAUAUGCCAUGUUUACAUUUGGCCUUGUUCAGAAGGUUGUUAGCCUGCAAAUGACAGGCCAAGAUGCUGCAGGAUUCCGCGAGUUUUUGCGACAAACAGCUGUUUCGGCUCUUUCUGUUCUAUUUACUCUACUUCCUUCUUCUUUUCUGCUAUCAACAUUGAAUAACUUUGGCAUGAUUUGGGUCAUUUAUUCCGCAGCGCUGAUGAUUUUCAAUGAUACCAUGGCUUACUUUUUCGGUAUCACGAUGGGAAAGCACCCACUUCUUCCAGUUAUUUCACCCAAGAAGACUUGGGAAGGUUUCAUCGGUGCAGGUGCUUCGACUGUGCUCCUAGCCUAUUUCUGGUUGCCUGAUAAGCAAGAUGCCAUCGCUAUCUCGACAUUUGUUUCACUCAUUGCGCCCUUCGGAGGUUUCUUGGCUUCUGUCAUCAAGCGAUCCUACGAACAGAAGGACUUUGGCUCGCUAUUUCCAGGUCAUGGUGGUUUUGUCGAUCGUCUUGAUUGUCAGUUGAUCCUCGCACCCUUUGUCUAUCUGUAUCUGACCUUGAAGCCCACAACCGCUUAA